GCCGGUCCCGGUCCCGGGGGAGAGCGGCGCCACGGGCAGUGCUUCCCUCUGGCACACCCAGAGGGUCCCGCUAGGCGUGUCUGCUUCUAGGCCGGUGCCGCGUUCUCCCCCCCGGGCAGCAGCGGCCCCAGCGCCGAACCCGCGGGCCGGGCCUGGGCUCGCUCCCCCGGCAGAGCCUGCGGCCCCGGGGCGGUGCGGCUGGGGACGGGGCCCUCGGAGGGUGGAGCGGGAAUCAUCCCCGCAGCCAUCCCCACCCACAAGGAGUCGGUGCUGCAGCCUCCUGGGCCCAGAGACCCGACACCUUGGGCUGAUCCCUGGGCCUGUCCCCGCUCCCCCACCCGCAGCCCCGGGGCUGCUCGGGGCCGGGCCCUCCUGGCUGAGCAGCAUCCACAUCCCAGCUUCCCCGGGCGAUGCUGAGAGGGAAGCCGCGGGCUGGCUGCGAGUCAGGAACGGGGAGCAACGGCACGAGAAACCAACUGUUUGCACCGUCACAUGAAACCGCGUGGCUGCCCGGCCCAUGCUGCAGGGGCAGCGCUUGGAGUCUCCUUCUGGGCUUUUCCAAAAGAAAGGGUUUUUCUCCAAACGACAAGAAAACACUGUUUCAACCAAACAAGAGUUUUAGUCGAUGAGAAAACGUGUUGGUGAGAACGCUUCCCAUGCCACAAUGACUGACGCCCCGGGACGCAGGGAGUCCGGCUGCUCAGGGAGGCAAACCCGGCUCUUAUCAGGCUCCUGCCCGCGCAGUCAUAUGAUGUGUGUGCCCGGACGUGUGCGGUGGGCGGUGGGCAGCGCUGCAGGGGUGUGUCACCGUCCUCAGAGCCAGAGAGGGGGACAAGCCGCUCCCUGGCCUCUCCCCGGUGAGCAGGGACAUCCUGAGGGUGCAGGAGAGGAGCAGCUCAGCUCCCCAUCCUGCCACGGGGACGCUGGUCCCGCCACCUGCCUUGGCCGCCCUCUGGCAGAGUGGAAAUCUUCAGCUUGAUCGGGAGAAGCAAAGUGACGUCCGUGGGGCUCGGUGCAGCAGGACGGGCAGAGCCCCAGCCCAGGCCAGGAGGAAGCGGCACAGGGUGCGUGAGUGGUGCGGUGAGCGGGACGCUGUCAUUCGGGUCUCUGGGAGGUGUCUCAGCCUGAGCAGAGGGGGCAGCUGAAUCCGGUUCCCCCGUACAGGGUCCUACAGUGUCUGGCUGCUCACCAGCUGACACUGGAACUUCCCUCCGCUCACCGCUCCUAUAGCAAUGCACGGUGAAAGUCAAGCUCAGGUUGCAAUAUCCCCUUUCCCCGAGGAACUUACCAAGCCUCUGACUUCAGGUUUAUUUUCUUCAGCUUCAGGUCAUGUUUGUGACUUGCCCAGGAUCUUGGCAUUUUCAUCCCACUGAGCUGGGAGCAGCCGGGGUGGCAAAGCUGCACAAACCUCAUAAUUCAAUAACAGGCCAGCCACAGAUGGCCCCAGGGCCACGGGAGAGGCCGAGAUGUGGGCUCGUGCCCCGUGGGGGUGCUGGCCCAGAGUGUGGAGCACUGUGGGGACCAGAGAGCGCAGUGUGUUCCGAGGGGCCGAGCUGCAGCCGCAGCCCCGCACGCUGUCCCUCAGCUUCCCAGCCCCGGUGCCAGUCAAAUCCAGCUUUGUGGGUGUUUGCUACGUGUUGGUUAUCCCUGUCUCCUAGAUAAAUGUGCAUUUUAUUAUUUCCCUUUGCUUAGAUGUACCACUUGAGCUAAUGCCAAUCUUUUGGAGGAUGUCCACAGGCUGAGACAAUGAGCUGAAAGAGAUCUGUAGGAAUUCAUACAGGCCAGGGUCAAUAAUGGCAUUUUUCAGCAGAAAAUCCCUCUGGGCUGUGUCUCCAGCCCUGACACGAGGUUGGCUGCACUCUGACACCCCCGCCAGGCAAAGGCAAAGGGGAACAGCUUGGUGGUCAGUCCUGCUGCCCUGGGCAGAUCCAGCAGGCAUGGUCAGGAGCAGGCUCAUGUCCUCAGUGCCCAAACCCAUCAUGGGUUAAAACAAACAUCUCAGACUUUGCCUGGAGCCUGAAGAUGAGUUUGCGGCUCUCUGCGCCGCUGCAGGGAGGGAGGGCGGUGGACGUGUCUCUCUGUUUCACCUUUUCUCCAUCUUUGCUCAUCUCUGCUCCUCCUGCUCUUGGAGCAGGACUGAGCUCCCACCCGUGUUUCCCAGGCCAGGUGAUGGCUCGGAGGAUGAGCAUCAACGACCUGGAGGACCAGCUCCUCUGUCCCAUCUGCCUGGAGGUCUUCAAGGAGCCCCUGAUGCUGCAGUGUGGGCAUUCGUACUGCAAGUCCUGCGUGGUGUCACUGUCCAGAGAGCUGGAUGGGCGGUUCCUGUGUCCCGUGUGCCGCCAAAGCGUGGACUGCAGCGCCUCGCCACCCAACGUCACGCUGGCCCGUGUCAUCGAGGUGCUGCAGAGCCGGAGCGAGGCAGAGCCCACCCCGGAGUCCUGCCCCACGCACCACAACCCCCUCAGCCUCUUCUGCGAGGCCGACCAAGAGGUGAUCUGUGGGCUCUGCGGCACCAUCGGCAACCACCGCCAGCACAAGAUCACCCCCAUCUCCACCACGUACUGCCGCAUGAAGGAGGAGCUGUCUGUGCUGCUGACCGAUGUCCAGCAGUACAAGAGGAACCUGGAUGAACACUUCAGCAAGCUCAUCAACAACAAAAGCCGCAUCGCAAACGAGGCAGAUGUCUUCAAGUGGGUGAUCCGGAAGGAGUUCCAGGAGCUGCACAGGUACAUCGACGAGGAGAAGGCCACCUUCCUGGAGAGCGUUGAGGGGAAGGCGGCCCAGCUCAUCACCUCCAUUGAGAGCCAGGUCAAGCAGACAUCCGACGCACUGCAGCGGCUGAAGGAGAUGCAGAGCAGUCUGGAGGCGCUCGGCAACGAAAGCCAGCUGGAUUUCAUCCGGGUGAGUGCACUUGCUGGUGAAGGCAGCGAGGGUGAGCCAGACUCUCCAGCCUCGAGGCCUCCCCUGGGCAGUGGUGCCCUCAUCCAGCACAGCUGGGACACCCCCAGCAGUGAGAGCCGAGAGUCCUCUGCCCAGCCAGGCCGAGGGGAGAACCCUGUCCUCCAGGAGGGCGAUGCCCUGAGCUCUGCCCCAGCCUCCUCAGCCCCGGGCACAGAUGUGUGGGCCUGUGACCACACAGAGGAGCUGCUGUUCCAUGAGUCUCCCACCACCAACUCUCUCUUUUCUUGUGUUUUCCAGAAAUACGGCUCCUCCCAGUUCAGGUCGGAGCUCCCCAGCCUGCACCCAGGCGAUGGCAUCUUUAACCCCGUGUCCUUCAAGCCAUGCUUCCACCAAGAUGACAUCAAGAUGACGGUGUGGAAGCGCCUGCAACGCCGCGUCCUGCCAGCUCCAGAGAUGCUGAAGCUGGACCCGGUGACGGCGCAUCCCCUCCUGGAGCUCUUCAAGGGGGACACGGUGGUGCAGUGUGGGCUCUACCAGCGCCGGGACAGCAACCCCAUGCGUUUCAACUCCAGCAACUGCAUCCUGACCUGCAAGGGCUUCUCCUGUGGGCAGCAUUACUGGGAGGUGAUCGUGGGCACCAGGAACCACUGGCGCGUGGGCAUCAUCAAAGGCACGGUCAGCCGCAAAGGGAAGCUCAGCAAAUCUCCCGAGAAUGGCGUCUGGCUCAUUGGCCUGAAGGAAGGGAAGGUCUACGAGGCUUUCAGCACCCCGCGGGCUGUCCUGCCGCUGACCACCCGGCCCCAGCGCAUCGGCAUCUACCUGCACUAUGAGAAGGGUGAGCUGACCUUCUACAACGCUGACAGCCCCGACGAGCUCAGCCCCAUCUACACCUUCCAGGCGGAGUUCCAGGGUCAGCUCUACCCCAUCGUGGACCUGUGCUGGCCGGAGCGAGGGCCUUACUCACCCCCCAUUAUCCUGCCUGCACCCCCCACCAGCCGGCACUCCCGGCUGCUGCAGGACCAUCCCGUCCCAGGGGAGCCCCAGAAGCCGUAGCCCGGCAGUGGGACGAGGCUGUGGCUGCAUCCCAAGGGCCCCCAGCAGGGACAGUCACGGGAGCUGUGCUGCCACGGUGUAAAGCUUCAGCAGCACAGGAGGGUACUUCCCCUCUCCUCUAAGAGCACAGAAUGUCAGCCUGCAAAUCCCUGUCCCCAGAGUGGUGGGCUCACCCAAAAACCUCCAAAAGAUCUCCCUACGGAAAGGAGCAUCUGCUGGAAACGUGGGAGCUGUGAGCGUCCGAGGGUCUUUGUUCACAUCUGUCUUCUGAACAAAUAAAGUUUGCGUGGGGCGAGCUGGUUGCUGGCUAAUACUGGUACUGUGUCUGAGAAACCACUGCAGCCGGAGCUGGG